GGGUAGGGGUGGCCGCCUGGGGGUGUGGGCGGCAGGGAGAUGCCCUCGGGAGGGGUGGUGACCCUGAACCCCACUCCUGCUGGUGCUAGGAAGACAGUAACUAGGGAAAACCUCCUUGGAGCUCCUGUCUCGGAGCUUCUUUCAGUAAUAAUCAUCCACUCACAUCCCAGGGUGCCUGGGACUCCUCCUCUGCCCCCAGGACCCCACCCAACCCGGGGACCCCCACCUCACCCCUGGGGGCCCCGCCUCUCUGCAGGGUCCCCUCCUCUAUCCCGGGGACCCUUCCUUUUCCCAGGGACCCUUAUCUCCCCCUGGGGACCCCAGCUUUCUUCCAGGGACCCCCCCACUUCUCCCCUGGGCACCCUACCUCCAGGACCUCAUUUCUCUCCCAGAGACCCCUACCUCUCCCCAUGGGACCCACCUCUCCCCAGGACCUUUACCUCCCCCCCAGGACUGCCCUGGGGCCUCUCCUGUCCCUGGGCACCUCUCCUGGUACCCCUCCCUUGGGACUCCUACCUCUCCUAGUCCCCACCUCUCCCCCAGAGGCCCCACCAUGCCCAGGGUCCCAUGUCAGGGUGUCUCCCUGUGCUGUGGAGCUGCAGAGCCCCCUCUUCGCUCCAGGUGACGCCAUGCUGCCGUGGCGGGUGUCCAGGUGGGCAAUGCAGCUGUCCCUGCAGGUGGCUUGUCCCCCAGGGGCCCUGGUGGCCGGCAAGUCAGGGGCAGGCGCACGAAGCCCCUCGAUGCUGGUCCCUUGGCCCCCGAGCCUCAGGGGCAGCUCCUCCCUGCCCACCGGGGCCCCCGAGGUGGCGCUGACCGCAGAGCGCUACCCCGUGCAGCGGCUGCCUUUCUCCGAGGUGACAGAGGAAGACCUGGCUGCCUUUGAGCACAUGCUGCCCGGCAGGGUGAUCACGGACCCCGAGGUGCUGGCAGCCGUCAACGUGGACUGGCUGCGCUCCGUGCGUGGCUGUAGCCGGGUGCUGCUCCGGCCCCGCACCACAGAGGAAGUCUCCCGCAUUCUCAGGCACUGCCACCAGAGGAACCUGGCUGUGAGCCCGCAGGGGGGCAACACGGGCAUGGUGGGGGGCAGCGUGCCCGUCUUUGAUGAGAUCAUCCUGUCCACCGCCCUCAUGAACCGCAUUCUCAGCUUCCAUGAUGUGUCAGGGACCCUUGUGUGCCAGGCGGGCUGUGUGUUGGAGCAGCUGGGCCGCCACGUGGAGGAACGCGGAUUCAUCAUGCCACUGGACCUGGGCGCCAAGGGCAGCUGCCACAUUGGGGGCAACGUGGCCACCAAUGCUGGUGGCCUGCGCUUCCUGCGCUAUGGGUCCCUGCGGGGGACAGUCCUGGGCCUGGAAGUGGUGCUGGCUGAUGGCUCGGUGCUGAGCGGCUUGAGCUCGCUGCGAAAGGACAACACAGGCUAUGACCUGAAGCAGCUCUUCAUCGGCUCCGAGGGCACCCUGGGCGUGGUCACCGCCGUGUCCAUCGCCUGUGUGCCCCGGCCCCAGGCUGUGAAUGUGGCCUUCCUUGGUCUGAUGCCAGGCCAUGCAGGCUGCCCUGGCUUCCAGGAGGUUCUGCAAACCUUCCGCUUCUGCAAGGCCCAGCUGGGCGAGAUCCUGUCGGCCUUUGAGUUCCUGGACGCUGAGUGCAUGCAGCUAGUGGGCCGGCACCUGGGCCUCAGCUGCCCCGUGCGAGGGAGCCCGUUCUAUGUGCUGGUGGAGACGGCGGGCUCCAGUGUGGCCCAUGACUCCGAGAAGCUGACGGCCUUCCUGGAGCAGGCGCUUAGCUCGGGGCUGCUGACCGACGGCACGGUGGCCACAGAGCAGAGGCGGGUCCAGGCGCUGUGGGCCCUGCGGGAACGCAUCACGGAAGCGCUGAGCCGGGACGGCUACGUGUACAAAUACGACCUCUCGCUGCCCCUGGAGCAGCUCUACCACCUGGUGCCUGACCUCCGCGCCCGCCUCGGUCCCCGUGCCCGCCACGUGGUGGGCUAUGGACACCUGGGGGACGGCAACCUGCACCUGAACGUGACGGCCGAGGCCUAUAGCGCUGAACUGUGUGCUGCCCUGGAGCCCUACGUCUAUGAGUGGACGGCGGCCCGGAGGGGCAGUGUGAGUGCUGAGCAUGGCCUGGGCUUCCGGAAGAAGGAUGUGAUUGGCUAUAGCAAGCCACCCGCCGCCCUGGAGCUCAUGCGACAGCUCAAGGGGCUGCUGGACCCCAAGGGUAUCCUGAAUCCCUACAAGACACUGCCCACCCGGGCCUGAGCCCUGGCCAGCGGGGAGUGCCCUUUGCUGGGUUCCACACUGAGGAGGGGAAGAGGGCUGAUGGCACUGGGGUCCCCACGGGACAGCAGGGAGGCAGGGCCCUCAGACGCAAACCCUGGUUCCUUCCUCACCCCAAGGUAGAGACAACACAGUGUUUCCAUGUCCAGCUGGUGCUGUUGGCUGGGAAGGGGCAUUCCCCUGGGUGUGCUUUUCAGGCUCUGUAACCAGAGCACCUAACAUAUGGCGCUGGGGGCCCCUAGGGAGCCCUGGGGGUGGGUGGGGGAAGUACCCGUGCCCAGUGCUGCUCUUCCUCCAACAUCAGUAAAAACGGAUGACCCACA